GAAGCAGGGAACCCUAAUUUGGGGAAAUUGGGAAUGAUCUUAGGGUUUGAAAUUGGGAUUUGGGUUAAUUUAGGGGGAUUUGGGUUAAUUAAAUCGUUUAUUUAUUUUUUAUUUUAUUUUUUAUUUUUUUUAAUGCCACGUCAGAAAAAAUUAUCUAGUCAGCAAGCCUAAUCAUCACUCGCCGGAGCUCCCAACUCCGAUGAGGACCUGCUCCACACACUUUCCAAACGUGAGGACUUAGAUUUUUAAAUUUUCCGGGGAGGGACUAAUUUCAGACGGCGACACAACCAUAGGGACGAAUUAGAGGAUUAACCCUUUAGUUUAAUUGCAAGAUCCAGGAAUCGAACCCUCAUCUUCUCCCCUUCACCGCAUAAACUAGACAGUUGCACAACACAGGAUGGCUUGUCCCUGCCCGUUAGAGCCUGCUAUGCUUCUGGGUGCCCCCUCUUUUCCAAACUCCAUUGCCUGGUCAGACGACAACCUCAUCGCUGUUGCUUCUGGUCACCUUGUCACCAUCCUAAGGCCAGACUUGCCUAAUGGACCACGUGGCCUGAUUAAAAUCUCCCCGCGUGAACCCCUUCUUGUGGGCUUUGUGGAAAGAAAAGAUUUACACUCUGGAUGCCUCCUGCCUACAUCUUUGUAUCGGGAUGAUAAGCCUGUUGUCAGAUCAAUAUCAUGGUCUCCACUUGGCAUGGCUGCAAACUCAGGGUGCUUGAUAGCAGUUUGCACCAGCGAAGGACAUGUGAAGGUUUAUCGUCCGCCUUUCUGUGAUUUUUGUGCUGAAUGGAUCGAGGUUUUGGACAUAUCUGAAAUGCUGCAUGAAUAUUUUCAAUGUACGGAAUUUCGAGGUACAGGGAUUCAUUCAUUGGAUCUUUCUGAUGUUCCUAACUUUGGACAGUGUCUGCUGAGAAAUAAAUCAGAUCAAAUAGAUUCUACAUCUAAACCUAAUGGAGAAAUAUCAAAUGAAGUGCCCGAGAGCCAAAUGCUGCCACUGAUAAGUGCUGGUCAAUAUGCAUCUCGUAGUGCAAUGCUAUGUUCGCUUGUUAUUUCGUGGUCUCCCUUGCUGCGUACAGCAUCUGAGGUUUUUCCUGUUGAUAAUACUUGUGCUUCUGUCAGUCUGCUUGCUGUUGGAUUGAAGUUUGGUGCCAUUUCUUUGUGGAGAUUUCACCAAAGAAGUUGCCAUACUAUUGAGGAUGGAAAAGCCCCAACUACUGUGAAGUUUGUUGGCCUUCUUCAGGCACAUGGUUCAUGGGUCACAUCAAUAAGUUGGUCGUUGUUUGGUUUUGAUUCUUCAAAUCCUCAAAUUAUAUUAGUUUCUGGAAGCACUGAUGGGAGUGUGAAGGUUUGGAUGGGUGACAAUGACAAACUGCUGGAGUCAUCAGGAGUGCAUGAAGCUUCAUUCUUUUUAUUGAAGGAGGUUAUAACUGUCAAUGCUGUCCCAGUUUCUGUACUUUCAGUAACUGUGCAUGUUCAGUACUCUUCCAAGAUGCUUUUAGCCAUAGGAAAAGGUUCUGGUUCCUUUGAAAUAUGGCUAUGCGAUAUAUCUACUAGGGAAUUUGAUAAGCUUGGGUCAUAUGAUGCACAUGAUUGCAUUAUUACAGGUUUAGCCUGGGCAUUUGGUGGAAGAUUUUUGUACAGCUGUAGCCAGGAUAAUUUAUUGCAUAGCUGGAUCUUGCACGAGAGUCGCCUAGAUGAAGUAUCCAUUUUAUCUGAUUUUCCCCGGAGUAAUGAUUCAAUCUGCCCAUCAAGAGAUGCAUUUAAUUCAUGUUUUGGUGUAGCUGUAUCCCAUGGAAAUCUUGUCAUUGCAACUGUUAAUUGCUUCGAUGUUGAGAAACUAAAUCGAAUGUAUGAAGGAAGGAUUCUGAGGGCAGCUAUUGAAUACUUCUGGAUUGGUGGGCUACAUGUGGAUGUUUGGUUGAAACCUCCCUUUUCUUGCUACAUUGAAAAAUAUUCCAGUUUUCCAGAGAAAGAGUUAACUUAUUGGGGGGCCAAUAUCAUAUGGUCUUUAAACCAAUAUCAAUGUCUUGAUAAGCCUCUGGUUCUUUGGGAUAUAAUUGCAGCAUUAUUGGGUUUGAAGGAUAACAAGUCAAAAUAUGUAGAGAAUUUACUGAUUAACUGGCUCUCAUUAUCAUUUCUUGGAUAUCAUAUGGACCUUCUUCCUGAAAAUGUUUUAUCAUGUGUGUCUUCAAGCUUGCCAAACGUUCCUUCUCGACUGCUACAUUUGCUCAAUAUAAUAUGUAGGCGCGUGGUGUUAGCAGAGCUCGAUGCUGAUCAAAUAACUGGAAUAAAUAGCAAGAUUCGAAACUUGGAAGGGGCCUGCCCUGACACUGAAAAGAAAAUUACUAUGUGGAUCGAAAUUCUUUUGCGCAGUGAAAGAGAGCUCCGAGAAAGGCUUGUGGGUCUUACUUUUUCUGCUUUCCGAAAUAGCAUGUCCUCUUUCGAAGCAACUCCUUCCCGACCUGGCUGUUGGUAUCUUGUUGGACUAGCACAGAUGGAACAAUGGGUUGCAUUAGACCAGGAACAUGUACGAGAGCAGUUGAAAUUCAUUGCAUCAGAACUUACUCAUGAAAAAAGGUUUGUGACUAGUGGAUAUUCAGAAGUGGAGCCAUGCAGUUAUUGUUCUGCAUCUGUUGUAUUUGAAUCCCCCGAGUUUGGUUUGUGCCAAGGUGAAAAUUGCAGUAGUGGCAAUGUUAAACGGCACCAGUUGUUGAGAUGUGCUGUUUGCAUGGAGGUUUGCCCUAGUACUCCCCUAUGGUUUUGUGUUUGUUGCCAUAGGUUUGCAUUUAGGUUGGCACCAGAACCACUUUUUAGAAUGUCUUCAUUUUGUCUAGAUUUAGAUUCUUCAACUAAAUCAUCCUCUCAAGUAGUAUCCUCAAGACCGUUGUGUCCCUUUUGCGGGAUACUGCUACAAAGAAAACAACCAGACUUUCUACUUUCACCGACACCUGUAUAGGAAUGUUUAGCUAUUUUUCUAUUUUUUUAUGUAAAAUAAUAUUAUGUAAUUGUAAUAGGUUGUGUACUUGUGGUGUCAAUGGCUUCAUCCUAAUCCUAUAUGUAUUGUAUAAAAGAGAAGGUUAUUUGUAUGAAACCACUAGAAACUUAUAACAUUAUUGAUUCUGAUUGUAGUGUGAUAUUUUCAAUUGACAUCUUGUAACGGGUUUUAAUGUUUUCUGGUCA